GUAAUAAACCCUUAAUGACAGAUUAAUUUAUCUUUUUCCAAAACUAGUACUCUUCUCCUCGCUCUUUGCUUCUCAGCAACUUUGAAAGAACCACAAAGACAGUUAAUGGAAGAACGAAAAGGGAGGAGAAUAAUCAUGUUCCCUCUACCGUUUCCGGGACAUUUCAACCCGAUGAUAGAGCUCGCUGGAAUAUUCCACCACCGUGGCUUCUCCGUAACCAUCCUUCACACUUCUUACAACUUCCCCGAUCCUUCUCGCCACGCACACUUCACUUUACGAGCUAUUACUCACAACAAAGAAGGUGAAGAAGAAGACCCUCUCUCUCAGUCAGAAGCUUCGAGUAUGGACCUCAUCGCUCUCAUUCGCCAGCUGAAGCAAAGUUACGCGGAGCCGUUUCGUCAGUCUCUGGCGGCGGAAGUAAGAGGAGGAGAGACGGUGUGUUGUUUGGUCUCCGACGCUAUAUGGGGGAGGAACACGGCGCUCGUAGCGGAAGAGAUAGGAGUUCGUAGAAUGGUGUUGAGAACUGGUGGUGCGUCGUCGUUUUGUGCUUUUGCCGCUUUCCCUCUCCUAAGAGAUAAGGGCUACUUCCCUAUACAAGAUUCUAGAUUAGAGGAGCCAGUGACAGAGCUUCCACCGUUGAAAGUGAAGGAUCUUCCGGUAAUAAAACUGAAAGAGCCGGAGGAGCUUUACAGGGUAGUUAACGACAUGGUGGAAGGAGCCAAGUUAUCUUCAGGAGUCAUAUGGAACACAUUUGAAGAUCUUGAAACAUUCUCACUCAUGGAUAUUAGCAGCAAGUUACAAGUUCCGUGUUUCCCGAUCGGACCGUUUCACAAACAUAGCAACGAUCUUCCACCGAAGACAAAGAACAAGGAAGACAGUGAAACAACCGAGUGGCUCAACAAGAGAGACCCACAGUCUGUGAUAUAUGCGAGUUUUGGAAGCCUUGCAGCUAUAGAAGAGAAGGAGUUUCUCGGGAUUGCUUGGGGUCUAAGAAACAGCGAACAACCGUUUUUGUGGGUGGUUAGGCCGGGGUCUGUCCGAGGGAGCGAGUGGCUCGAAUCGUUACCGUUUGGGUUUAUCGAAAACUUUGGAGAUAAGGGAAAAAUAGUGAAAUGGGCGAAUCAGCUAGAAGUAUUGGCGCAUCCUGCGAUUGGAGCGUUUUGGACGCACUGUGGAUGGAACUCGACACUAGAGAGUAUAUCUGAAGGUGUUCCAAUGAUAUGUACGCCGUGUUUCUCAGACCAGCAUGUGAACGCGAGGUACAUCGUUGAUGUAUGGCGAGUCGGGAUGGUGUUAGAGAGAAGUAAGAUGGAAAGGAAGGAGAUUGAGAAGGUGAUAAGAAGUGUAAUAAUGGAGAAUGGAGAUGGGUUGAAAGAGAGGUGUUUGGAGUUGAAAGAGAGAGCUAAUAUUUGCUUAAGUAAAGAGGGUUCUUCUUCCAAGCAUCUAGAUAAACUUGUGAGUCAUGUCUUGUCUUUUGAUUCCUAUGCUUUUGCAAGUUAGAAAAAUUACGACGGAGUAAUGUAUUCUAAGCACUCUUCAAAACCUUUGGAUAUUUUAUUUCUUCAAACUAUAAUGUUGGUGAGUGAUAAUGAUAAAGUUAGUCAAUUUUGUUAUUACA